AUGGUACAUGUCAACAGCACCUGCCCUGUACCAGCAGGAUCUUUGGAGUAUGGUGUCCGUGGCACCGCUUGGAAGCCUCUGCUAUGGGCUGCCGCCGGAUGCACAGUUGCGACUAUGGCCAUUGCGAUCUCAUUAAUCACAUUACAUCUACGUCGAUAUCGGGCUCCCAAGGAACAACGACAGAUCAUCCGUAUCGUCUUCAGCGUCGUGGUCUACGCUGUCUUCGCCUUCUUCGAGGUUUACAGCUAUGAGGCGGCGCAGUACAUCGAUCCUCUAGGAGACCUGUAUGAGGCUUUUGGGCUUUGCGCACUAUAUCUACUCUUCGUACAGUAUGCGGCACCAUCAGGGACCUUCAAUGACGAGCUCUUCGAAGCCGUGCGGGCCGCAGAGGAGAAGACAAGCACCUUCGACUGGCCACGAAUCAGCUGGAUCUUCGUGUUUCAGUAUCCCAUCUGCGAGAUCGCUUGUGUUGCCAUUAUUCUCAGCACAGAAGCGACAGAUCACUACUGCGUCAACAGCCUCUAUCCAUGGUUCGCGCAUCUCUGGGUCGAAAUCCUCCAAUCCAUAGGCAUCGGCGCUUGCGUGCUGUCGAUCUUCAAGUUUCGCAACGCAAUGAAACAACGCAUGAAAGUCCGCCGAGCACUAUCCAAGCUCGGAUGCUUCAAGAUCAUUGUCUUUAUCCGAUUCAUGCAGGCGUGGGUCUUCAGCCUGCUACUGCAGUACAAUGUCGUGAAGACGAGCUCUUCGUUCUCCUACAACGACAUUCUCUGGGGCAUCCCAGGCUUGGCGACAUGCGCAGAGAUGGUUCUCUUCUCACUUGGCUUCUGGUAUGCUUUCAGCUCGACGGAGUAUGGCUCGUCUGCAAAGCCUCGCGACACGCCUUUGCCCUUUGGAAGAGCAAUCCUGGAUGUACUCAAUCCGCUGGAUCUGAUCAUCGGCAUUGCCAAGAUCUUUCCAUUGUCCCGCGACCUCCAUCGUAGCGGCGGAUGGAAGGCUUAUCGUGAAGCGCAGAAGCAAGCCGGGAUUUCAGGAGCAGUACGGAAGGGAGUCAAGAAAUACCGGAUACGUAAGAGCUCAGGCCCGGGGCGAUACAAAGAGCUCAACGAGAGCGUGGAAGAGCUGCAGAAGCCUGCUGGCUCACACCACCAGCGCAGUGUAUCGGAAGCCACAGACGCUUCGGAAACAUCAUAUCUCGCGCCUAGUGGUCUGAGUGGCGAGCAAAUGUAUCAGCCGCCUUCAGGCUCACCACCGAGCGAUGCCAGUGGGCAUUUGAUGGCUGGUCAGUAUGAUGGCAGGUCGCGAUCUCCAUCGCAAGGUCAAUGGAAUGGUCAGCGAUACAACCGGUCGACUUCGCCGAACGGAAGAUUCGCCGAGGCGAUACAAGGUCAGAACAUGGUAUAA